GCAAGACUUCCUUUUCACCGCGGAAGCGGCAGAUCGGUGGGUGUACGACUGUACGUCGAGCCGCUACAACAGGACAAGAAUAGCCGCCACUUUGUUUGUUUUACCAAACUAUUUCGGCAGCGGAGCACAACAGCCCCUGGACUGACAUGUCGACGGAUAUAACCAAAGGUGUGGACCAAGUGUCUGUUGAGGAAGUGUACGUGUCGGACAAAUGUGGCAACGACCAAGAUGGCGAUGGGUCCCAGCAGAAACCCUUCAAGACGCCUCUCCAGGCUCUACUGUUCAUUGGCAAAGAACCAUUCCCAACAAUCUACGUAGACUCACAGAAAGAGGAUGAGCGUUGGGUAGUGAUCUCCAAGACGCAGAUGAAGAAUGCAAAGAAAGCUUUUAACCGUGAACAGGCCAAGAAUGAGUCCAAAGAAAAGAAAGAGGCGGAAGACAAUGAGAGGAGAGAGAAGAACCUGGAAGAAGCCAAGAAAAUCGUGAUGGAAAAGGACCCCAGUUUGCCUGAGCCGGAGACGGUAAAAAUCAUCAGCCUGGGACCAAAGCGAGGUCAGAGAGUCAAAGUGUUUGGAUGGGUUCAUCGCCUGAGAAGACAAGGGAAAAAUUUGAUGUUUGUCGUGCUGAGAGAUGGAACUGGUUUCCUGCAAUGUGUGCUGUCCGAUAAACUGUGCCAGUGCUAUAAUGGCUUAUUGUUGUCCACGGAGAGCAGCGUAGCUCUUUAUGGGACUGUGACACCAGUUCCUGAAGGAAAACAGGCACCAGGAGGCCACGAGCUCCACUGCGACUUCUGGGAGCUGAUUGGCUUGGCGCCGGCAGGCGGCGCCGACAACAUCCUGAACGAAGAGUCGGAUGUGGACGUCCAGCUUAACAACCGACACAUGAUGAUCCGAGGAGAGACUGUCUCCAAGGUCCUCAGGGUCCGAUCCAUGGUCACGCAGUGCUUCAGGGAGCACUUCUUCAGUCGUGGCUACUGUGAGGUUUUUCCGCCCACUUUGGUGCAGACUCAGGUGGAGGGCGGCUCCACGCUCUUUAGCUUCAACUACUUUGGUGAGCAGGCUUACCUGACGCAGUCCUCCCAGCUUUACCUGGAAACGUGCAUACCUGCGUUGGGCGACAACUUCUGCGUUGCUCAAUCAUAUCGAGCUGAGCAGUCCCGCACCCGCAGGCACCUCGCAGAGUACACUCACAUUGAAGCAGAGUGUCCCUUCAUCACUUUUGAAGACCUGCUGACCAGACUGGAGGAUUUGGUGUGUGAUGUUGUGGACCGGGUGCUCAAAUCCCCUGCUGCGCAACUGCUCUACGACAUCAACCCGGACUUCAAACCCCCUAAAAGGCCUUUCAAGAGGAUGAACUACUCCGAUGCCAUCAAGUGGCUUAAAGAACAUGACGUCAAGAAGGAUGACGGCACCUAUUAUGAGUUUGGAGAGGACAUCCCAGAGGCUCCCGAGAGGCUGAUGACAGAUGCCAUCAACGAACCAAUUCUGCUUUGUCGUUUCCCAGCCGAGAUCAAAUCCUUCUACAUGCAGCGCUGCGCUGACGACAGGCGGCUCACAGAGUCGGUUGAUGUUUUGAUGCCAAAUGUGGGUGAGAUUGUCGGAGGCUCCAUGCGUAUCUGGGACUCCGAGGAGCUGUUUGAGGGCUACAAAAGAGAGGGCAUGGACCCAACCCCGUACUACUGGUAUACUGAUCAGAGGAAGUAUGGCACGUGUCCUCACGGCGGUUACGGCCUUGGUCUCGAGCGUUUCCUGACCUGGGUGCUGAACAGGCACCACAUCAGAGACGUCUGCCUUUACCCAAGAUUCAUCCAGCGUUGCCGGCCCUAAACGCACGCAUGACACGCUCCGCUCUUGGCCUCACCUGUGGAUCCGUAAUAUUAACCUAAAUAUCAGAUCAAAUACACAAAAAAACGAGAAAUUUAUUCCAUGUUUUUUCUCCGUUGUCUGCUUCAUAUCUCGCAUUUCUCAAAUUGAGCCCCAAUCACACUACGUUGUUCUCCAUGUGCUGCUUGGCAUACGUGCGGUCACUUCAGCUUACAGAGGCUCACUAAAACUAACACAUUUGCUGUCAUUGGGAAAUGCUGAACGUGCUUGAUUGUUUCCUGCCUUCAAUGUAGUUUUUCUAGCACCAUUUAGGCUGUGAGUGAUGCUUAGCAAAGUAGAGUAGAUUUGGGGUUUUUUUUAGCUGUUGCUUCUCCCAUUUUCCUCUCCUAUCCAAAUGUCCUCGGAGCAAAAGAUGUCAUCAUGUGGUGUCUUCUAAUUAUUUACUGAACAACUAUUCAAAACAUUGUUGGAGGAGGUGUGGCCCUCCAUAAAGAGAGGACUAAGCAAGAAAAUACACUUUGCACACGGGUAUUUAUUAUGCCAAUGUGUAUUUACAAUGGGACACAAUUUUAAAUAACUAAUAGCAACAUUGGCAUUCUUGUGCUCUGGCGCGCUGACAAACAUUUGACUACUGAACAAAAGCCUGAGUUGCACCUGGUGCAUCAGGUGAUUACGGUUAUGUACAUGGCAUCAAAUGUUUGUUCCGUUGUGGGUUUUCUUUAAUUUUUUUUUUUUGUGAUUGGAAAAAAUUGGAACAUACAACGAUUCAAUAAAAAGAUGCAAAGAAACGACUGAGUAAUUAUCCUAGGAUUCGGUGUAUUAGUAGAAAUGGGAAUAAUGUAAGAUAAAACGUCAAACAUAACAUCCAUUUGCCCUUAUUCAUACCGCUCAGCUUAAUUACUCAAUUCUGAAUUGCAGAGACAAAUGGAAGAAAAUGAAUCAAUGUCAUCGUUA